AUGGAGAGCCGGGGCUUUCAGGACGGAGCCCAUUGCCAAAUGGCUUGGUGGAUGGAGAGUGAGAUUAAUUCCUCAUUACUGGACAGACCAGAUGCAGACCUGCCACUUUGUUUUGAACAAACUGUCCUCGUGUGGAUUCCCCUGGGCUUUCUUUGGCUCUUGGCUCCUUGGCAGCUUUUCAGUGUCUAUAGAUCCAGGACCAAGAGGUCAUCUCUAACUAAAUUCUACCUUGCUAAGCAGGUGCUCGUCCUGUUUCUUCUCAUUGUAGCAGCCAUAGACCUGGCUCUUGCACUCACAGAAGAUUCUGGACAAGCCACAGUUCCUCCUGUUAGAUAUACUAAUCCAAUCCUCUACAUAUGCACAUGGCUCCUGGUUCUGGCGAUCCAGCACAGCAGGCUGUGGUGCAUACAGAAGAACUCAUGGUUCCUGUCCCUAUUCUGGAUUCUCUCAAUAUUCUGUGGCACAUUCCAAUUUCAGACUCUAAUACGAGCACUCCUGCAGGACAGCAAGUCUGACAUGGUCUACUCCUGCCUGUUCUUCGUCUCCUAUGGGCUCCAGACCAUCAUCCUUCUUCUUUCAGCCUUUUCAGAACCAAGUGACUCACAUAGUCCAUCAUCCACGGCUUCAUUUCUGAGUAGCAUUACGUUUAGUUGGUUUGACAGCACUGUUCUGAAAGGUUACAAGCGUCCGUUGACACUUGAAGACAUCUUGGAUGUUGAUGAAGAAUUUCAAACAAAGUCAAUCAUAAGCAAGUUUGAAGCGUUCAUGACAAAGGACCUGCAGAAAGCCAAGCAGGCUCUUCAGAGGCAGCGGCAGAAAUCCCAGCGGAACCCUGAUGCCACACUACACGGUUUGAACAAGAACCAGAGUCAAAGCCAAGAUGUUCUUGUCCUGGAAGAAGCUAAAAAGAAGAAAAAGAAGUCUGGGACCACAAAAGACUAUCCCAAAUCCUGGCUGAUCAAGGCCCUCUUCAAAACCUUCUAUAUGACGAUCUUGAAAUCAUUUAUAUUGAAAUUAAUCCAUGAUAUUCUUCUGUUUCUGAAUCCUCAGAUACUGAAAUUUCUCAUCGCCUUUGUGAGCAAUCCUGAUACAUAUGCAUGGCUUGGCUAUGUGUCUGCGAUCCUAAUGUUUGCUGUGACUCUCCUCCAGUCUUUCUGCCUCCAGUAUUAUUUCCAGUUGUGCUUCUUAUUGGGAAUGACUGUGCGGACAACUGUCAUGGCUUCUGUCUAUAAGAAGGCACUGAGCCUAUCUAACUUGACCAAGAGGCAGUACACUAUUGGAGAAACAGUGAACUUGAUGUCUGUGGAUUCCCAGAAGCUAAUGGAUGUGACCAACUACAUGCACUUGGUGUGGUCAAGUGUUUUACAGAUCGCCUUAUCCAUCUUCUUCCUGUGGAGAGAGUUGGGACCUUCAGUCUUAGCAGGUGUUGGGGUAAUGGUUCUCCUCAUCCCAGUGAAUGCAGUACUGGCUACCAAGAACAGGAAGAUUCAGGUCCAAAAUAUGAAGUAUAAAGACAGGCGGUUAAAAAUCAUGAAUGAGAUUCUCAAUGGAAUUAAGAUCCUGAAGUAUUUUGCCUGGGAACCUUCAUUCAGAGACCAAGUCCAUGGCCUUCGGAAGAAAGAACUCAAGAAUUUGCUGAUAUACGGCCAGCUUCAGACUUUGAUGGUAUUCUUCUUGCAAUUAACACCAAUCCUGGUGUCUGUGAUUACCUUUUCUGUUUACGUCCUGGUGGACAGCAACAACGUCUUGAAUGCAGAGAAGGCUUUCACCUCCAUCACCCUCUUCAAUGUCCUGCGCUUUCCUCUCACCAUGCUCCCCAUGGUGACCUCUUCAAUGCUCCAGGCCAGUGUUUCUGUAGAACGGUUGGAGAAGUACUUGGGAGGGGAUGACUUGGACACAUCUGCCAUUCGCCAUGUCUGCAAUUCUGAUAAAGCUGUGCACUUUUCAGAUGCCUCUUUUACUUGGGACCGGGACUCAGACACCACAAUCCGGGAUGUGAACCUGGAUAUAAAGCCAGGCCAACUGGUGGCCGUGGUGGGCACUGUCGGCUCUGGGAAGUCCUCUUUGGUAGCAGCCAUGCUGGGAGAAAUGGAGAACGUCCAUGGGCACGUCACUAUCCAGGGCACCACGGCCUAUGUCCCUCAGCAGUCCUGGAUUCAGAACGGGACCAUCAAAGACAACAUCCUUUUUGGAUCUGAAUUCAAUGAAAAGAAGUACCAGCAAGUUCUUGAAGCUUGUGCUCUCCUCCCAGACUUGGAAAUACUGCCUGGAGGAGACAUGGCUGAGAUUGGAGAGAAGGGUAUAAAUCUCAGUGGCGGUCAGAAGCAGCGAGUAAGCCUGGCUAGAGCUACCUAUCAAAACUCGGACAUCUAUAUUCUGGAUGACCCCCUGUCAGCUGUGGAUGCUCAUGUGGGAAAACACAUUUUCGAUAAGGUUGUGGGCCCCAAUGGCCUGUUGUGUGGCAAGACUCGAAUCUUGGUUACCCAUAGCAUUCACUUCCUUCCCCAAGUGGAUGAGAUUGUAGUUCUGGGGAAUGGCACCGUUUUGGAGAAGGGAUCCUAUCAGGAUCUGCUGAGCAAGAAAGGAGUGUUUGCUAAGAAUCUGAAAACAUUCAUGAAGCAUUCAGGGCCAGAAGGAGAGGCCACAGUCAAUGAUGACAGUGAGGAAGAUGAUGAUGAGUGUGGGCUGAUGCCAACUAUGGAGGAAAUCCCUGAGGAUGCAGCUUCCUUGACCAUGAAAAGAGAAAACAGCCUCCGCCGAACACUGAGCCGCAGCUCCAGGGCCAGUGGCAGGCACAGGAAGUCCCUAAAAAACUCCUUGAAAAUUAAGAAUGUAAAUGCCUUGAAGGAGAAGGAAGAACUCGUAAAAGGGCAAAAACUAAUCAAGAAGGAAUUUGUGGAAACUGGGAAGGUAAAGUUCUCCGUCUACCUGAAGUAUCUGCAGUCAGUAGGUUGGUGUUCAAUAACCUUCAUCAUCUUUUCCUAUGCAUUAUAUUCUGUUGCUUUCAUUGGAUCUAAUCUCUGGCUGAGUGCUUGGACCAGUGACUCUCAAAACUUCAAUGGCACCAACUACCCAGCUUCUCAGAGAGACAUGAGAAUUGGAGUCUUUGGAGCUCUGGGAGUGGCACAAGGUAUCUUUGUGCUUUUUGCAACUAUCUUGAGUGUGUAUGCUUGCAACAAUUCCUCAAAAAACUUGCACAAGCAACUGUUAACCAACAUCCUUCGAGCACCCAUGAGUUUUUUUGACACAACUCCCACAGGCCGGAUUGUGAACAGAUUUGCUGGUGACAUUUCUACUGUGGAUGACCUGCUCCCCCAGACUCUGCGAAGCUGGGUUAUAUGCCUUUUCGGCAUAAUUAGCACUCUGGUGAUGAUCUGUAUGCCCACUCCAAUCUUCGCUGUCAUCAUCAUACCUCUCGGCAUUAUUUACGUGUCCAUUCAGAUGUUUUAUGUGGCUACUUCCCGCCAGCUGAGACGCCUGGAUUCUGUCACCAGAUCCCCAAUCUAUUCUCACUUCAGUGAGACAGUUUCAGGCUUGCCUGUUAUCCGUGCCUUUGAGCACCAGCAGCGAUUUCUAACAUGCAGUGAGAGGCAGAUUGAUAACAACCAGAAAUGUGUCUUUUCCUGGAUUACCUCCAACAGGUGGCUUGCAAUUCGUCUGGAGCUGGUUGGAAACUUGAUUGUCUUCUGUUCAGCCUUGCUUCUGGUUAUUUAUAAAAAUUCCUUAACUGGGGACACUGUAGGCUUUGUUCUGUCCAAUGCCCUCAAUAUCACACAAACCCUGAACUGGCUGGUAAGGAUGACAUCAGAAGCAGAGACCAACAUUGUGGCUGUUGAGCGAAUAAAUGAAUACAUGCAUGUGGAAAACGAGGCACCCUGGGUGACAGAUAAGAGGCCUCCAGCCGACUGGCCCAGCAAAGGUGAGAUCCAGUUUAACAACUAUCAAGUCCGAUACCGGCCUGAGCUGGAUCUGGUCCUGAGAGGGAUCACCUGCCACAUCAAGAGCACAGAGAAGAUUGGUGUGGUGGGCAGGACGGGAGCUGGGAAGUCGUCCCUCACAAACUGCCUCUUCAGAAUCUUAGAGUCUGCAGGGGGCCAGAUCAUCAUUGAUGGAGUGGAUAUUGCUUCUAUUGGACUGCACGACCUUCGAGGAAAACUGACCAUCAUCCCCCAGGACCCCAUCCUGUUCUCUGGGAGUCUAAGGAUGAAUCUAGACCCUUUCAACAAAUACUCAGAUGAGGAGAUUUGGAAAGCCCUGGAAUUGGCUCAUCUCAAAUCCUUUGUAGAAGGCCUACAACUUGGGUUGUACCAUGAAGUGGCAGAGGGUGGUGACAAUCUGAGCAUAGGGCAGAGGCAGCUCCUAUGCCUGGGCAGGGCUGUGCUGCGAAAAUCCAAAAUCCUGGUCCUGGAUGAGGCCACAGCUGCGGUGGAUUUAGGGACAGACAACCUUAUUCAGACGACCAUCCGGAAUGAGUUCUCUGACUGCACGGUCAUCACCAUUGCCCACAGGCUGCACACCAUCAUGGACAGUGACAAGAUAAUGGUCCUAGACAAUGGGAAGAUUGUGGAGUAUGGCAGUCCUGAAGAACUGCUGUCCAAAACUGGUCCCUUUUAUUCUAUGGCCAAGGAAGCUGGCAUUGAGAAUGUGAACAACACAGAGCUGUAGCAGCUGGUUCCACAGCUGGAGAACUAUGAGGAGCCUCCUUAUUUACUUGUGGUUUUUGUGACUAUGUCAUGGGUGCAAAGAUACACAUUUUGUUGCAGUUGCUCAGGUUGGCCUCAAACUCUUAGGCUUAAGAAAUCUCUGGUCUCAGCCUCCCAUGUAAAAAUAUACAUUUAAAAGAGUAUCAUAAAUGGAUACUUAAAUAAUAUUAUCAGGUACUUUAGAAAAUCCUCAGCUGAGCUGGGGAGAUGGCUCAGAGUGUUGCCUUGAAAGCAUGAGGACCA